AUGGCGGGAAGACGCCUGCUCAGAUCCUUUCGGAUGCAGGAGGAAGGCCCUGGAGCUUCCUCAUCAGAACACCCUGAGGAGAUGGAACAGUCCCAGCCCCUGCAGGAGGCUCCAGGCCAGCACCAGACACAACAGCAGGACCGUGCCCGUGGCCACUCCCGCAGGGCAGCACAGGCCUUUCUGAAAUUCAUGGGCAUUCAGCGUAGAAAGACCAGGACCUCACCAGCUGAGGCCACGGCACAGGCUGACACCAGGCUGACCAAGAUGAAGCCUGAUGUUGGCACUGCGCCAACUCAUCUCACAAGCAAGUCUGACCCUGCGUUGAAUAAUCACACAAGAAACUCUGACACCACGCGGAUUGACCAAAGAAUGAAGUCUGACACUCUUUGGAGUGACAACACAACAAGCACUUACACCGCAUCGAUUGAUCGCAUGGCAAUCUCUGACAUCGUGUUGACCGAUGAACCGGCAAACUCUGACACCGCACUGCCUCGUCUCCCUGCCAAGGCUGACAUUACAACAACAACUACCAGCACUGACUCCACGCCCAGUGACAGUCUGAUUGAUUCUCCCAAUUGGGAUUUUUUUGGGGAGAAUGGUGUCUCCAGUGCAAAGGAAAUGUUUAGGAACUUCAGAGGCACUCGACAUAGACAUGCCCACACCACGCUGACUGGGGGCACGGUGAAGGCUCGUGCCCCAGUCAGGCCAACCGAGCGCAUGGCAAACACUGACACCACGCCCAUGCAGAGCCUGGCUGAUGCUCCUGGUCUGGACUUUUCUGGGGAGAGAGUUAUCUCUGCAAAAGUGCAGACCUUUGUGAAGAACAUGCAUCAGAGACUGACAGCCAAGAUGUUCCCAGAGAACAGACUCUUCAUGGACUUUCUGAGGCUGACUGAUACAUACCCCACUGAUGUUGCAUUGACCCUCUUGCACUGUGCCCCAUCAUGUGACAGGGCUGCUGCAGUCAUGUGGAGGACCAUAGCCUUGUCUGGAACAACAGUGAUGAGGGUGCUGCCAACACUGCUCUGUGUGAUGGAGGGCUGGCCACUGCAGAGCACAUCCACCUCCGAUGGGAACAACAAGGACAUCUUUGCCCUGGCUGCAACCAUCGUGGUUUGGGAAAUUCUCCAGAUGAUCCGGUACCCAGAGCCAUUGAUGGAAUAUUCCCCCCGUCUCCUCGUGGCUCUGCUCUUCCAAGUUUCCACCAGCAAAGAGCAGAUGCCAGAGGUUGACACCUUCUGGGGGAGAUGCUGGGAGGAACAUCGGCUUACCAGGAACCCCAGCAGAUUCGCAGUGCUGACCAUGAAGACCCUGCUCUGCCAUCUGCAGUUUGAAAAUAUUGUGAUGGCAAUGGAACGCAAGCGUGGCUGGGACACGCUCCUCAGGCCUGAAACCCACCACUAUGCAGUGGGUCUGCUGGCCAGGGAGAUGCGCCGGGUUUCGGUCCCAUUAUGUUCCUGGGUUGCCCUCUGCCUGCUGGGGCUGCUCAGGAGGGACAAGCCCCGCUGGGAGCUUCCCACCAUGGCCUUCCUUGUGGAGGUCCUCGACUGCCUGGACUUGAGAGAAUGUGGUGACAGAGUCCUGGAGAUUGCUUCAAGGCACCUGGGGAGCGAGCGCCCAGAGAUGCGUCGCCUGGCACUCAGAGCCCUUGUGGUGCUGAGCAAGGAUCCUGUGAUGGCUGACGGCAUGCGGACCCUGACACAAAUCCUCAUGGAUGUACUAUUGGAUGCAGACAGAGAGCUGGUCGGGAUGGCCCUCUCUGUAUUCAUCAACGAAGUUCAGGACAGAGACAUCCUAAUCUCCACCCCCACUGCCCUGCAGCUGGCUGUGGCACUCCAGACACUCUUUAGCAAUGACAACAUCCGUGUGCAACUGCUCUCCAUUCACCUCUUCCGAAAGGUGAUGGAGUUGGUAGUGGAGGAGGGAAAACAAUCCUUGAAGACACAUGUCAUCCAGAGCCUGCUCCCACUUUUUUUCCAAUGGCAUAAUGAGAACCAGCACGUGGCAGAGGCCUCUCGGGCAGCACUUCUUCGUGCAGCCUGGUUGCUGAAGAGGAAGGAUCUAGAGCAGCUGGUCAAGAAGAAGGAGCUGAGGAGGUUCAUCGAGUGCCUGCUGGAAAAGGACAAGAGCCGAGUGGCCGAGUACGUGCACCAGGCCCUUCCAUACCUGGAGAGCCCACAGCAGCCCCUGCAAGAGGCAGCCAUCAAGUUCAUGGGGAUCGCCGGGAGGUACCUGAAGGGGCAGAAGAAAGAGUUGCAGCUCGUCAUGAAUGCCCUUCAAGGCAUGACUCAUGACAGCGCUGCUGUCAAACGCCUGGCACUCAAAAACCUCAAAAUGAUACGCUCUGCAAAGAGACCUCCUUCUUCUCCGCAUUCCAGCAGUUUGAAGACCAGCUCCAGAAUGAAGGGAAUGGGGAGGCUCCUCUGUGGGGCAGCUGCCAGAGUGAAUGAGCUCAGCAGGAGCCAGGAGAGCUCGGCCAGGCUGGGGAGGGUCCAGGGGCGCAGCGAGGAGGAAGUCUGGGAUGUAGUACAGCUCCACAUUCACCUGCACCCGGCGAUAACAUCGCUGCGCUCCGUGUGUGGGAAGGCCCUGAAGCACAUUCACCCCUCCAAAAACCCUGCGCAGAACGGCGGCCCAGUGACUCAGGGCUGCCACGUGUUGCCUUUUGUGCAGCUCAGGUGCCCCCCGCCGCGGCUGCUGCUCGGGCUGUUGGUGCUGCUGGUCCCCGCCGCUUCCCAGGAGCCGGCCCCCAUCCCCUGGGAUGCGCUCCUCAGCAGGAGUGGGGAGCGGAGUCUCCCCUCGGGCCAAAUGCUGCUCUCGGUCCUGGUUCCCAGCGCUGGGGAUGAACGCCCCACGCACCGCUUCAACGGCCUCGUGGCUGCUGAACGUGGGGAUUCCGUGUGCCCCAUCCCGUCGGCGGGGAAGGAUGCUGGGGGAAAUCCCUGGCUGCAGUUGCCUGUGAUGAGAGCGAUUUAUCUGGUCCGUGCUGGCUGUGAGAUAGAGGAGAUGGCGUUGCCCCAAAGUGGCCGUGCUCCAUGUGUUAGCGGUUUCUCCACAAGUCCUCCCUUGUGA